AUGGAGACUACAUUGCUUAGGUCUUUCUCAUUUCUCGCUGCAGAAUUAUCUCCAAUCUUCCUCACCAAUUUCUUAGCUACAACUGUUUUGGUCAUUGCCGCGGCUCUCUAUUUUCAUUUCAGAUCCAAGGGUAUAUACCUUAUAGACUUCACCUGCUAUCUGCCUCCUGAUAGCUUGCGCGUUCCAACAUCGAAUUUCAUCGAGCACAUUGAAAUAUCUGGAAUGCAUGACAGAGAAAGUGUCGAUUUUCAAACGAAGGUGUUGGAAAGAUCAGGAAUUGGAGCACAGAGUUGCAUGCCUAUUACAGUGCAUGAGAUCCCACCUUAUUCCUCUUUAAAAGCUACUAGAAAUGAAACUGAAACGGUUCUCUUCACUAUUGUCAAAGACCUCCUUUCCAAGCACAAAAUAAAUCCGAAAAGCAUCGACAUUCUUGUGUCAAACUGUAGCCUUUUCUCCCCCACACCGUCCAUUACAUCUAUGGUCAUAAACAAGUUUGGAUUCCGAAGCAACAUAAAGAGCAUCAACCUCAGUGGAAUGGGUUGCAGUGCCGGAAUCUUGUCGAUAAGUUUGGCGAAAGAUCUUUUAAAAGUUCACAAGAACUGCUUGGCCUUAGUUCUCAGCAUGGAAGCUGUAACUCCCAAUGGCUAUGGGGGUAGAAUGAAAUCCAUGCUUCUUCCCAACAUUUUGUUUCGGAUGGGAGGAGCUGCUAUCCUAUUAUCGAACAGGAAGCAAGAUAAGCGAAUAGCUAAGUAUGAGCUCCAGCAUCUUGUCCGAACCCACAUUGGUUCGGAUGAUGAGGCAUACCAAUCUGUUUUCCAGCAGCCUGAUGAAGCAGGGCAUGUUGGGGUCUCGUUAUCACGAGCACUUUUACGUGUGGCAACAAAGGCUCUAAGAAGUAACAUGUCAGAGUUGGGGCCACUUGUGCUACCAUAUUCGGUGCAGCUCCGCUACGCAUGGUCAGUGAUCUGCAAGAAACUUUGGUUUCUACCAAGCAAAAAGGGAAUUUAUGUGCCGAAUUUCAAGAAGGCGCUUGAGCAUUUCUGUAUACAUGCCGGUGGAAGGGCAGUGAUUGAUGGCAUAGAAGACAGUCUGAAGCUGCACAAGGAGGAUGGAGAAGCUUCAAGGAUGACAUUACACAGAUUUGGCAAUACUUCAUCUUCUUCAGUUUGGUAUGAGCUCUGCUAUUUGGAGGCAAAAGGAAGGUUGAAGAAAGGAAACCGAGUUUGGCAAAUAGCCUUUGGAAGUGGUUUCAAGUGUAACAGCGCAAUUUGGAAGUGCAUUUCAGAUAUUGAUCCAACAAAAAGAAAUGCAUGGUCUGAUUGCAUCCGUUUCUAUCCUACUCAGAAUGACACCCUUAACUAA